AUGAGUACAUAUGAAGCGCUGGAUCUUCGCUACGAUGCAACUAUUGGUUAUGGAUCAUUUGGUAGAGUGGACCUGGCAUGCAGCAAAACAGCCCAGCAGUAUUAUGCUGUGAAGAAAUUCAACAUACACGAAAUUGUCCAGCAAGCCCAAAAUGAAUAUAUCAAUAAUGAAAGGCGUAUAUUACAGUCACUCGAGCAUCCCUUCUUAGUCAAAUUAAUAUGCACUCAUAUGGACAGAGUAAACUUAUAUCUCGUUAUGGAAUGUGUAGAGGGUGGUGAAGUUCGCGAUUAUCUCAUUGAUAUGAGUGAGGAAGAUCUUUGCAAUGCUGUCCGUUUUUACUCUGUGGAAGUAAUCUGCGCUUUUCGAUAUAUGCAUUCGAAAAAUAUUGUGUAUCGUGAUCUCAAACCUGAAAACCUGCUUUUAUCGAAAGAUGGGCACGUGAAACUGUCGGAUUUCGGACUAGCAAAAGUUCUUAAAGGAAAGACCUACACUAUUUGUGGAACCGCUGAGUAUUUGGCACCCGAAAUUUUACUGAAGAAAGGUUACAACGCAGAGGUUGACUGGUGGUCUCUCGGCACACUGGUCUAUGAGCUGAUCUCAGGAAGCCCGCCAUUUUGUGGCAUAAAUGACGAGGAGACUUUUGACCUCAUCAAAAAAGGAGACUUACAAAUUCCUUCGAAGUUUCAUGAAGAAAUGAGAGAGGUGGUAGAAACACUUUUGAAUCGAGACCCAUCAAAACGAUCUUCGGCUACAAGUCUCAAAUGGUACGCUGACAUAGACUUCACCAAAGUUGAGAAUAAAGCAAUUGAGCCUCCAUUCGUGCCGGCUCCUUUUGCAAUUGAAGAACUACCAAAAUUAGAACAAGACAAAGGAGAACCAGCUAUGCAAAGAGAAAGAGAUCUCUUCGAAGAUUGGUGA